AUGUCGCUCACACACUCGCUAGAGCGCCUCUGGAGGCCCCUAGCCACACGAGCUGCAUACACCCCAAUCACUUCACAACUCCGCCACGCCUCGACAGACAUCGCCGACACCAUCACCGAACUCGAAGGCGGCUCCUCUCUGCGCAAUCUCGAUGCCGACAUCGACGGCCACGCAACAACCUACGACCCCGUCGGCCGCGCCAGCAAGAGAAACAGACAAUUGCCCGCCAGCAGAUACAAGUUCCGUCCUCCCAAGUACUACCGCGGUCCCCUGCACCCCCACCAACCGCCUCCAAACUCGGAUCCUGCUUCUCGCGUCUUUGUUCCUGGACCCUUUUCUGUGCCGCGCUUGGAACAGACUUAUCAGAGUACCUUUGAGUCCGAUCUCAUGACACUGGCAUACGCGCAUCACCCCCCAGGCUACAAAGCACCCGCAAAGUCACCACGUCUGAGACCCUGGGAAGGCGCGUCACCCUACUACAAGAACCGUCCGCUGAGAGGGCCCAGAGGUUCCGAUGUGCUGCGUCUGCUGCGCAAACCAAUCACCUUCCGCAACGUCCCCAAACUCGAGAAAAUCACUCUGCACACCAUGGUCAAGGGUGCUUUGGACGACUCUGCACAUUUGCAUGUGGCGGGUAUGGUCAUGCAGGCAAUUUCAAACAUCCGUGUCACCACGCACAAGACUCGCAAAAACGUUGCUGGCUUUGGAUUGAGAGCAGGACAGUAUGUGUCGGUUACUGCAGAGCUCAGGGGAGAAGACAUGCAGCAUUUCCUCGCCAAAGUGAUUGAUAUCGUCAUGCCAAAGAUCAAGGAGUGGAAGGGUGUCAAGGGAAGUUCGGGAGACUCGAGUGGAAACUUGACGUUUGGCUUCAGCGCAGAGGAGACGGCGUUGUUCCCCGAGGUUGAAAUCAACUAUGACAUGUACCCUCCCAAGAUGAUUCCUGGCUUCCACGUUACUGUCCACACUACCGCCACAAACGACCGAGACGCUAGAUUGCUGCUCAGCACACUCGGUGUUCCCUUCUACGGAAAGCAGAUCAACUAG